AUGCUUAUUUCAAUGUAUGCAUCGUACAUAUGCAUGCAUUUGUCCUUCUUACGUUUAUUUGAUUCCCUUUUUAUCUAUAUGUUUCUUCAUUCCUUUCUUCCUUCUUGCAAUCCUACUAUUCUUUGUCAGAGUUCAUUUUACGUUCCUUAUAUAUUGUUUCAUUUCCUUUUCUUUAUUCUUUCUUUGUCUCUUUUCUUUCUUUUCUUUCUUUUGUUUCUUUCUUUCUUUUCUUUCUUUUAUUUGUUUCUUUCUUUUCUUUCUUUCUUUCUUUCUUUCUUUUCUUUCUUUCUUUCUUUUCUUUCUUUCUUUCUUUUCUUUCUUUCUUUCUUUCUUUUCUUCCAUUCUUUUUUUCUUUCUUUCUUUUCUUUCUUUCUUUCUUUUAGUUCUUUCUUUCUUUUAUUUGUUUCUUUCUUUUCUUUCUUUCUUUUAUUUGUUUCUUUCUUUUCUUUCUUUCUUUUAUUUUUCUUUCUUUCUUUUCUUCCAUUCUUUUUUCUUUCUUUCUUUUCUUUCUUUCUUUCUUUUAGUUCUUUCUUUCUUUUAUUUGUUUCUUUCUUUUCUUUCUUUCUUUUAUUUGUUUCUUUCUUUUCUUUCUUUUAUUUCUUUUCUUUCUUUCUUUUCUUCCAUUCUUUUUUCUUUCUUUCUUUUCUUUCUUUCUUUCUUUUAGUUCUUUCUUUCUUUGAUUUGUUUCUUUCUUUUCUUUCUUUCUUUUCUUUCUUUCUUUUAUUUGUUUCUUUCUUUUCUUUCUUUUAUUUCUUUUCUUUCUUUCUUUCUUUUCUUCCAUUCUUUUUUUCUUUCUUUCUUUUCUUUCUUUCUUUCUUUUAG